AUGUUGAUCUUUGUGGUGAUGUGCGCGGCGUUGCGCGCUUUGUCGGGCGGCGAGGAGGUGUUCGAGGGGGGCGGCGGAGAAGGGGAGCUGGAGGGCGGCGCCCAUGGAGACGCGGAUGGCUUUGCGGUAGAGGGGGUCGGCGGUUCUUGUGGUGAGGAGGACGCCUCCGGCGCCGAGGGCGAGGGCGGAGCGGAAGAUGCCGCCGACGUUGUCGUGGUUGGUGAGGCAGCCGCGGUGGAUGUGGAAGCCGACGAUGGCGUCCAUGACGGUCUGGGAGGCGACGUAGACGGGGGUUUCGCCCGGGAGCGCGUCGAGGGUGUCGGCGAUCUGGUCGUGGGCGGCGUCGUUGAGGAGGACGCUUUUGAUGGGGAAACGGGUGGAUCUGGUGAGGGCGGCGAGGACGAAUCGGCCCUCGGCCAUGAAGGAGCCGCGAUCGCGGAUAAGAUCGGCGUCCCGCACGUUGCGAUAGGGUGCGACGCGCGGGUCGUCCAGGUCGUCGAUGCGAUCUCCCGCAUGAUCACCCCUCGCGCCCUCGUGUGCACGUCUCUUGUUGCUGUUCUCGCGCUUUCGGGGUGCGGCGAAUCGGGUGAGCCGGCGGCGAGCGAGUCGGCUUCGGCGGGCGGGGACCUGCCGUCGCCGUUCGAUGUGGAGCCGCAGGGGACGCUGCCGGGGAGCGACCCGGAGGCGCAGCGACGCGCGGCGGAGCGGGCGCAGGCGGCGCGCGUGCAGGCGGAGUCUGACGCGGGCGAGUCGCUCGCGGGGAUGGAUUCUUUCCGGGCGGGCGGCGUGUCGUUCGAGAUCCCGGAGGGCUGGACGGCUCGGAUGCCGAGCAGCUCGAUGCGGGCGGCGGAACUGGUGAUCCCGGCGGGCGAGUCGGGUGGCGAGGCGGGCGUGCUGGCGGUGUUCGCGGGGAUCAUGGGGACGGUGGACCAGAACAUCAACCGCUGGAUUGGGCAGGUGCGCGAUCCGGAGUCGCCGGCGGUGCGCGAAUCGCGUGAGGUGGGGGGUCUGACGGUGCACACGGUGGUGGUGACGGGGACGUACGACGCGGGGAUGAUGGCGGGCGGGACGGGCCCGCAGGCGGGGACGACGCUGCUGGGCGACGGGGCCGAAGGCGGUGCUCGGGGCGAACCUCGAGGGGUGGCGGGCGUUGAUCGGCAGCGCGUCGGCGGGGGGCUGAGGGCCGUGGGCGAGCGGGCUCUGAACAAGUACGACCUGUACGAGCUGUGCGUGCAGUCGCCGGAGAUGAGUGCGCGGUUCGUGGAUGCGCUGCUUGGCGGGAAGCCGGCGACGAUCGGGGAGGAAUUCUGCGGGCCGGCGUCGAUCGCGCGGGAGUACGUGGCGCUGGGCGGCUCUCGUCACGCGAUCGCGACGGACGCGGACCCGGAGCCGAUCGCGCACGCGCGGGUGCGGGCGGGGGAGGACCUCGGCGAGGCGGAGCGGGAGCGGCUGUCGUUCUGCGUGCGGGAUGUUCGGGAGGAGGCGUCGCCGGUGCGGGCGCUGGUCGCGAUGAACUUCGCGUUGUGCGAGCUGACGGAUCGGGCGGGGCUUGUGGAGUACCUGGGGCACGCGCACUCGCGGCUGACGGAGGGCGGGGUGUACGUGGCGGACCUGUACGGCGGCGAGCACGCGUUCGCGACGGGGGUCGCGGAGGUGGUGUUCGAGACGGGUGCGGGGGACGUGGUGUACGAGUGGAAGCAGGUGGCGGCGAGCCCGCUGACGGGGCGGGUGCGGAACGAGAUCGACUUCACGCUGCCGGGCGGUGAGAAGCUGGAGCGGGCGUUCGUGUACGACUGGCGGUUGUGGUCGCCGGCGGAGCUUGCGGACGCGUUCCGGGAGGCGGGGUUCUCGCGGGUGGAGUUCCACGCGGGGUACGGCGGGGCGGUGGACGAGGACGGGGCGCCGAUGCCGGAGGCGGUGGGGGAAGAUGAUGAGUUGGGUGACGAGUGGGUGAUCUUUGUUGUGGACAAGCGGUUGCGGACGGGGGCGGCGCUGGCGUGGACGGACGCGAGGGGCCAGGAGCGGGUGGUGCUGAUCGACACGACGCCGGAUCUUCGGCAGCAGGCGCUGCGGGAGGGGUUCGAGCGGUGCGACGCGAUCCUGUACACGCACAACCACGUCGAUCACAUCUUCGGGCUGGACGAGGUGCGACGGUUCAACGCGGUGAUGCGCGCGCCGAUCGACAUCUACGCGGAGGACUACGUGCUCGAUUCGCUGAAGCGGGUGUACAAGCACGUGUUCGACAAGGCGGCGAACGUGAACGAUUCGUUCGUGGCGACGCUGAUCGCGCAUGAGAUGCGGCCGGAGCGGUCGUUCGAGCUGUUCGGGUUGCGGGUGACGCCGUUGCGGUUUUUGCACGGGCGGUUGCCGAUUUUGGGGUUUCGGUUCGAUCGGGCGGACGGGGUUGAUGACCCGAACUUCCCGCUGGCGUACGGGACGGACGUGAGCGCGAUCCCGACGGAGACGUGGCCCGAGCUGGAGGGGGUGAAGACGCUCGUGCUGGAUGCGCUGCGGGAGCGGCACCACCCGACGCACUUCAACCUGGAUCAGGCGCUGAGCGCGGCGGCGCGGAUCGGGCCGGAGCGGGCGUGGUUCAUUCAUAUUGGUCAUGAGAUGAAGCACGCGGAGAUUAGUGAGCG